AGUUACUUAAUCGAUUAGUCGAUAUGGAUGAAGGUUAUAGAAGAAUCAAAAAGACCAAUCCACGCGAAAAGGCAUCUUUUCUAUCCAUAAUAACUUUUUUGUGAGUACACCAUACCCACCAACACUUCAUCUCUCACUCAUAUAAUAAUUAAAUCAUAUACCACAAUGUAAAAAUAGUAUAUUGUUCAACGAGCACGCAAUGAUAGCUAUUUCCCACGAGAAUGAAGUUUGCAGCAUGAGCCGUGGGAAAUCAGCAUUCCGAGCGAGCUAUACAUACAGACUAUUCAAAAAAUCCAGGAAACAAGCCCUAGAUGACAAUGAUGUUUAUCAGGUCAGGCCUUGCCUAGAAUCAGCAAAAUUGGGACAAAAACUACAAGAAAAAUGGAUGGUGCAACAGAACCAACGUGAUCCAUCCCUACUAAAAGCACUUUUGUCCUGUUUCGGAAAGACAUACGUGCUAUUAGGUAUUCUGCAAUUCUGCGUCAGGACUGCCGUCAUAUUCGUUCAACCGGAGGCAUUGGGCAAACUGGUAUCUUAUUUUCAGCCAGGACAGCAGAGCAUCUCGGAAUCCGAACUUUACAAAUACGCAGCUAUAGUAAUCGGCUUGAAUUUCCUUAUCACUGUGUACAAUCACAACUACGAUCAGUUAGUCAACGAGGUAGGAAUCAAAGUCAAAACGGCUGUCUCGGCUCUAGUGUACAGAAAAUCCCUAAGACUAGGCCCAGAAUCGUUUUCCAAAACCUCAACGGGCAAAAUCGUCACCUUGAUAACCAAAGAUGUGACUGCUUUCGAGAACGCUUUGACGUAUGUCAACGACAUGUGGAUUGGGGUCAUACAAACUGGCAUCAUCGCUUUCAUCAUCUACAGGAGGAUUGGGAUAUCGGUACUAGUCGGUUUGGGGUUCUAUUUGCUCAUCAUCCCUCUACAGCUAUAUCUCGGAAAAAAGUCUAGCUUGAUGAGAGUCAGUUCAGCCAAGAAGACAGACGAACGUCUACAAUUCACUACAGAGGCCCUAUCCGCCAUAAAAACUAUCAAAAUGUAUACUUGGGAAGACUUCUUCAUCAACAAAAUCAUCCACCUCAGGAAAGAUGAACUGGACAACUUAGCCCCAGUCUACUACCUCAAAUGCAUCGUGCUCAUCGUAGGAGGUCUAGCCUCCAACAUGGCUUUCUUCCUACUCCUGAUGACCUACAUCUGGACUGGCAACUUGGCAGACGCCCAAACAGUAUACUUCAUCCAGAGCUGCUUCCAGAGCUUGAAGAGUUACAUCUCCAUCUCUAUACCUUACGGCAUAGCCCAAUGUUCAGAGGUAUACGCUGCUCUGAACAGACUGCAAGAGUUUUUGAGCACAGAAGAAACCAGCCAGCAAAAGCUCAAUGCUACCGAGCCAAAAAUACACCUAAACCACGUGUCUGUCAAAGUGUCUGGAACGCAGAUUCUGAAGGACAUUUCAAUGGAAGUGAGCCAAGGGCUUUUCCUAGUAACUGGUAAUGUCGGUAGUGGAAAGUCAUCUUUGCUCAAGACCAUCAUCGGUGACUAUCCAAGAGACGGUCACAUGGUUGUAGACGGUACCAUAUCCUAUGCAUCGCAAGAUCCUUGGCUGUUUCCAGCCACUAUCAGACAAAAUAUACUCUUCGGGGAAAAAUACAAUGAAAGUAGAUACAAGGAAGUAGUGAGGGUGUGCGCUCUGAAAACAGACUUCUCUAGGUUCAAGAACGGGGAUGAAACCAUUCUAGGAGACAGAGGGGUGAAUCUCAGUAAGGGCCAGCAGGCCAGAAUAAACUUGGCUAGGGCUGUGUAUAGAAAAAGCGAUGUCUACCUAUUAGACGACUGUCUUUCAGCUUUGGACAACAAAGUAAACCUCUACGUUUUCAAAAAAUGCGUUCUGGAAUUCUUGAAGGACAAAAUCGUUGUUCUAGUUACCCAUAAUGUCAACCAUAUCAAGAUGGUGAACGGUAAGAACACUUUGUUCAUAGAAGAUGGCACUACCUUAUCACUCGAUCAGCAGAAAUCCAUGUUGGACAGAAGAAUAACUUACUACAUCGAUGACGUGGACUUCAACCACUUUGAGGAAUAUAACGAAGAUCCAGAAGAAGAACAGAUUUCUGAAGAACCUGAUGAGAAAACGUAUCUACUCGAAGACAUCGACGAUAAUGAUACUAACAAUCUGUAUCACGAAGAAAAACAGGCAGGCAAAGUCCGUAUGGCUGUUUACUUCAAGUACUACAAGUUUGCUGGGGGAAUACUCAUAUUUUUCCUGGUACUUGCUGUUUUUGUCAUGUGUCAGAUGGCCUCGUCUUACUCAGAGAAACUCCUGAGCCAAUGGGUAAAUACCGAACCUAAGCUCUCUGACAUGAUAGCUAAGAACCUGACAAACACUACGGAAUACCAAGAAACAACUGAGCAACGUCGCAAUUACCUAAAUCUAUACUGUCUCUUGAUCGUAACAGCAUCAGUUUUGAUAUUCCUGAGAGUUUACCUGUUGAUGUACCGGUCUGCUCUAGUGGCAGCUAGGAAACUACACAAAACCAUGGCCACCUCCGUUAUGAACUCUUUCAUGACCUUCUUCGAUGGGCAUUACCUCGGGAACAUCAUCAACAGAUUCUCCAAGGAUCUGAAUACGACCGAUGAAGUUUUGCCACUUGUUGUCUACGAAAUCUUCAGACUGACUCUGGCCUUCAUCGGAAUAAUAUACCUGAUAGCAUCUGUAAACUUAUCCUUACUUCUACCAGCAGCGCCACUGCUCGUGAAAAUGUACUUCGUGAGGAGACUAUACAUACCAACAGGCAGGAGCAUGAAGAGAUUAGAUGCAGCUACUAGGAGUCCUAUGAUCGGAUACUUGAAUGCUUCCCUAGAAGGUCUGACGACGAUAAGGGCUUACGAUAAGCAACCAGUGCUGGUCGAGGAGUUCGACAAACACCAAGACCACUAUACCUCGGCUUACUAUAUGAUGAUAUGCACUACCAGAGCGUUUGGGUACUAUCUGGACUUGAUAUCCGUCAGUUUCACGGCAGCGAUAGUGAUGAAGUUUAUUUUUAUCGACACAGAUUCAGCUGCUGGUGACGUAGGGCUUGCAAUUUCGCAGGCCAUGAUGUUGACAGGCUUGUUGCAGUGGGCGAUAAGGUACUAUUCCGAACUAGAAAACAAUAUGACAGCCGUGGAAAGAGUUCUGGAAUACACGGACAUCAAGACCGAACAUAAAACUGAAGGUUUGAUUAGAGAAAACUGGCCAACCCAAGGUGUCAUACAGUACGACAGAGUUUCUUUGACGUACGAGCGGACCAAUCAACAGGUGUUGAAAGAGGUCAGCUUCUUGACGUUUCCUAGGGAGAAAAUUGGAGUAGUCGGUAGGACUGGGGCGGGCAAAUCGUCUAUAAUUUCUACUCUGUUCAGGCUGUACGAUAUCGAUGGGAGAAUCCUGAUCGACGGAGAGGAUAUAAAGCAGCUGUCGAUAUUGUUUCUGAGGUCUCUAAUAGCUAUAAUACCUCAGGAUCCUAUUUUGUUCACCGGUACUAUUCGGUUGAACAUAGACCCAACCUCAAAGUAUACGGACGAAGUAAUUUGGACAGCCAUAGAAAAAUCGCACAUAAAACAUUUGGUGCCUAGCCUGGACGCCAAAAUAGCAGAGAACGGCUCCAACUACAGUGCAGGUCAAAAACAACUGAUCUGUCUAGCUAGAGCGUUGGUCAGUCAGAACAAGAUUAUAGUGUUGGACGAGGCGACAGCUAGUAUGGACCCUGAGACAUCGAGAUUACUACAGGAUACAAUCAGGGACAACUUUGAGCAGUGUACAGUACUGACUAUCGCGCACAGAUUGAAUACUGUCUCAAAUUCUGAUAGGAUUCUGGUGGUAGAUCAUGGAGAGAUUGUUGAAUUUGAUACUCCCAGUGCACUACUGGCCAAUCAGGAUGGUGUUUUUUACAAUCUCAUGAAGCAAUCUGGAUCUUUGACAGAAUGAUGAUGCCACGAAUGAAGAAUAUAUAUAAAUGUAUACUCAUGAAAUAUUCGAAGAAAAAUAAGAAAUCAGAAACAAUUUGGG